CAAUCUUGAAGUUUCUUACAUUUUUCUUGCGUUUUUGUACCCUUUUUUCCUGCCCUGAAUUUCUAUUUUUAUCGAUGAUAGAAAACCUAAUUUUCCUUCCUACAUGAAAACUUGAAAGAGAUGCUUUGCCAGCAUGAUUGAAGCUUUAAUUUUUUGCAGAGACAAUUGCAUUGAUUGGUAUAUCUUCAUCAACCUCUGCUUUCAAUUCAUUCAGAUAUUUUGCACAUUUUGGCUGGAAAGUGAACAAUUUGGCAGGAGUUUCAGAUUUAAUGGCUGCUAUUUGAAGGGAGAAGUAACUUUGGUGUCAAAUGCGAGUCUCUGAAGCUCUUUAGUUGAGUUUAUUGCGGGACUUUGGCGAUAAACGCCAUUGAUUUCUUGUUGUAGAUUCAAGCUGAAACCAGGUAGAAAGAGAAGAAAGAUGAAGGUUGCCGUGAUAGGAGGUGGAAUAAGCGGACUGGUUUCUUCCUAUGUAUUGGCGAAAGCAGGAGUUUCUGUAACUCUUUAUGAGAAGGAAGAUUACUUAGGCGGACAUGCUCGAACUGUGAAGCUUGAUGGCGUCGACCUUGACCUAGGGUUCAUGGUCUUCAAUCGCGUAACAUAUCCAAACAUGAUGGAGUUUUUUGAAAGCCUAGGGAUUGACAUGGAAAUAUCAGAUAUGUCGUUCUCCGUAAGCUUGGAUGGUGGUCAAGGAUAUGAAUGGGGGAGUAGGAGUGGUUUGGCUGGUUUAUUUGCACAAAAGAGUAACGCUCUCAACCCUCACUUUUGGAGAAUGCUUAGAGAGCUGAUCGUAUUUAAAGAAGAUGUGCUCAAGUACAUUGAAGAGCUUGAAAACAAUCCCGACCUUGAUCGGAAUGAAACUCUGGGACAUUUCAUCAAGUCACAUGGUUAUUCUCGAUUAUUUCAGGAUGCAUAUCUGGUUCCAGUCUGUGCUUCAAUAUGGUCCUGUUCUUCAGAAACAGUAAUGACAUUUUCAGCCUUUUCAGUGCUUUCAUUUUGUCGUAACCAUCACCUUCUUCAGCUCUUUGGCAGACCACAGUGGCUUACUGUUAAGUGUCGGUCACACACUUAUGUUAAAAGGGUCAAAGAAGAGCUUGAGAGACAUGGUUGUGAGAUAAGAACCAGUUGUCCUUUACAGUCUAUUUCACCAACUGAAGGAGGUUGGUCUGUAUUUGAUGCUUGUGGUGCAAAGGAUGACUAUGAUGGAUGCAUAUUAGGUGUUCAUGCACCUGAUGCUUUAGAGAUACUUGGACAACAUGCAACAUUUGAGGAGUCCAGAGUUCUUGGCGCCUUUCAAUAUGUUUACAGUGAUGUAUAUCUUCACCGUGACAAAAGCUUAAUGCCCCAAAACCCUGCAGCCUGGAGUGCAUGGAAUUUUCUUGGAACCAAAGGCAAUAGAGUAUGCCUGACUUACUGGCUUAAUGUGCUUCAGAAUCUUGGUGAUACCAGCCUUCCAUUUCUGGUAUCUCUUAAUCCAACCAGUCUACCUCAGCAUAAUGCACUUAAAUGGUCAACAAGCCAUCCUGUACCAUCAGUUGCUGCAUCAAAGGCUAUCUGUGAACUCGAUAAAAUUCAAGGAAACAGAGGAAUUUGGUUUUGUGGGGCUUACCAAGGAUGGGGUUUUCAUGAGGAUGGAUUGAAGGCUGGCAUGGUUGCUGCACAUGGUGUACUGCAAGAGAAGUGUGUUCUUCUGCAAAACAAGAGACAUAUGGUACUUUCUUUGAUGGAGCUAGGUGCACGGAGUGUUAUUACUGAGUUCCUUAACCGUUUUAUCUCUACAGGAAAUUUAUGCUUGCUAGAAGAUGGAGGUACGGUUUUUUAUUUUGAGGGGGCCAAUAGGAAAUGCUAUCUCAAAUCUGUGCUCAGAAUCCAUCAUCCUUCAUUCUAUUGGAAGGUUGCCGCACAAGCUGAUUUGGGGCUUGCAGAUGCGUAUAUCAACGGGGAUUUUUCUUUUGUUGAUAAGGAAGAAGGGCUUUUGAAUAUGUUCCUGAUAUUCAUAGCUAACAGGGAUAUGAUGAACUCUUCAAGGCAACAAGGAAACAAAAGGGGUUGGUGGACACCAGUGCUUUACACAGCGGGGCUCCAGUCUGCAAAAUAUUUUUUGCGGCAUAUUUCGAGGCAAAAUACCCUCACACAAUCUCGUAGAAACAUCUCUCGGCAUUAUGAUCUGAGUAAUGACCUCUUUGCCCUGUUCUUGGACGAAACGAUGACAUAUUCGUCAGCAAUCUUCGAGCAUGAGGAUGAAGACUUGAAGGCUGCCCAAUUACGAAAAAUCUAUCUCUUGAUUGAAAAAGCCAGGGUUGAUAGCGAUCAUGAAAUUCUGGAGAUAGGUUGUGGGUGGGGAAGCCUAGCUUUGGAAGUCGUAAAACAAACUAGAUGCAAAUACACUGGCAUCACUCUAUCAGAAGAGCAACUGAAAUAUGCCCAAAGUAAAGUGAAAGAAGCUGGCCUUGAGGAACGCAUCACUCUCCUCUUAUGUGACUACCGCCAACUGCCUGCCUCUCACAAAUAUGAUAGAAUCAUAUCAUGUGAAAUGAUUGAAGCCGUUGGCCACGAAUACAUUGAGGAGUUCUUGAUGCGCUGUGAUUCACAUUUGGCUGAGAAUGGCAUCCUUGUGCUACAAUUUAUUUCGAUACCAGAUCAACGAUAUGAUGAAUAUAGGAGAAGUUCUGAUUUCAUAAAGGAAUAUAUUUUUCCUGGCGGAUGUCUCCCUUCUUUCAGCAGAUUGACUUCAGCCAUGGCUGCUGUUUCAAAGCUUUGUGUGGAGCAUGUAGAGAACAUCGGCAUACACUAUUACCAGACUUUGAUAAAAUGGAGAGACAACUUCAUGGCCAACAAAAGUAAAAUUAUGGAACUUGGUUUCGAUGAGAAAUUCAUAAGGACAUGGGAAUAUUAUUUUAUAUACUGUGCAGCAGGCUUCAAGUCAUGUACACUAGAAGAUUACCAGGUUGUAUUCUCACGCCCCGGCAAUGUCAAUGCAUUCGGGAAUCCAUACAAAACGAGUACUGCUUUCACCAAUUAAUCUCUCUUCAUUUCACUCUGAAAUUCAAAUGUAAGUGCUACAGUUAUUUGUUUUGAAUUCAUUCAAAUUUUUGGGAAAGAAUAAAAAUGCCAAGCUUGAGGCCUGAACAAGGGCAGCAAAAUCUUUUCCCUAUUGAAUUUAGAGUACAUGUAAACAUUUUAUAUCGAUAAUAAAAUUAUUCAUCAAAA